CAAACAUUUCGUCGAGAUUUUACAUAUUGUAUAUUAAUACAUGUGGUAUUCUGAAUUAAUUCUAUUCUAUUCAUAUACAGUAUAGUUCUUCUUAUCUUCCAGCCGUACUGAAAGUGCCAAGAAGAUAGAUUUUGGUACAUUAUUUUCUUCUUUGAACUUGAUGCGAGUGGCAGCAUAACAAGGUUACUCCAAACCCUUCCCCCAACACCUAGAAGUCAGAAACGCAUUGAGAUAUGGAUUCCAGCUUACCUAUGAUGCUGGCAGCAGGAGCAGUAUCAGCAGCAGCUAAAUGUUCCACAGACAUGUAUUUUGAUAAUGUAACGGAUAGCUGUGCUCCAUGCUCAGAUAUAUGUUUAAAUAGAAGGAUGCAAAAGACAGAAGAAGACUGUGAAGAGAAGUGUGGCAGUUAUCUGUCUUCAUUAACAGAGAGUACAACAAAGGCAACAACUGCAGCAGCUAGCCAUAGCCCUGACGCUCACAAGACUUGGACCAUUGUAGCUGUAUGUGUGAUCCUAUUUCUUUGUUUGAUAUUCAUGGCAGUGCUAGUAUAUAGACUGCGUACAGACAUUA